GCUCUGCCUUGAAGGCCUCAUUGAGUUUAUGGAAGAGACUGAAGACCCACUUCAGGCCAUAAGGUCAUGUUCAAACACUGCUUCGUCCCACCUCCAAGAGCGCCAGCUGUCCAGGCUCAUGAAUUCUACCAACGAGCUUCAGAGUUACCUUACGAGAAGUUUUGAAACAUGCUUUGGUUACAAAAAGGAGAUAAACCGGUAA